UGUGUGUGUGUGUGUGUGUGUGUGUGUGUGUGUGUAUGGGACAUGGUCACCCACUGUCCUUCACCUGGUGGCAGGUGUGUGUGUAGAGUGCUGCUAGUGUGCAGAUCUCUCUGUGCUCCCCCAGUAGGUGGGGCAGUUUGUCGGGGUCUGGGAGGGAGGAAAAGUUGGGGAUGACGGUGUUAAAUUUAGGGAAGAAUUGGGAGCGGAUGUGGUGGUACUUGGUACACUGGGUGAGGAAGUGCAGCUCUGUCAGACACUACCAGACACUCACACUCAGUCAGCUUAGACACACACACACACACACACACACACACACACUAGGAGAACAUGCCCAACUCAUAAAGGCUCUUAACUAAGUGUUUGUUUAUUAGGAUUUUAAUGUCAUGUUUUACACUUUGGUUACAUUCAUUACAGGAACGGUAGUUACUCAUUACACAAGAUUCAUCAGUUCACAAGUUUUAACAUCAAACACAGUCAUGGACAAUUUUGUAUCUCCAAUUCACCUCACUUGCAUGCUUUUGGACUGUGGGAGGAAACCGGAGCUCUUGGAGGUAACCCAUGCAGACACGAGGAGAACAUGCAAACUCCACACAGAAAGGACCCGGACUGCCCCACCUGGGGAUUGAACCCAGGACCUUGCUGUGAGGCGUCAGUGCUACCCACUAAGACACAGUGCAGAACACAAGUGUCUUUAAUAAACUACUGUGUAUAUAUAUAUAUAUAUAUAUAUAUAUAUAUACAGGCACACAUCUGCUGGCAACUAACUGAAUGCUUUCUUUUAGGUUCAUGAGGGAAGGUGGUAGGUGAUCGCUUCAAAGAUGCGGAGAGUGUCUCGGAAGAAAGCCUUGAGUAUAGUGAAGGAGCUGGAUGCUUUCCCCAAGGUUCCAGAGAGCUAUGUGGAAGCCACUGCGAGUGGUGGAACAGUGUCUUUGAUAGCCUUCACUGCCAUGGCACUGCUGGCCUUCUUUGAAUUUUUUGUCUACCGGGACACAUGGAUCAGUUAUGAAUAUGAAGUGGAUAAGGAUUUUUCUAGUAAAUUAAGAAUAAAUAUAGAUAUUACAGUCGCCAUGAGGUGCCAGUUUGUGGGUGCUGAUGUGUUGGACCUAGCUGAGACUAUGGUUGCGUCAGAUGGCCUGCAGUAUGAACCGGUGGAGUUUGAACUGUCUCCUCAGCAGAGACUAUGGCACAGGAUGCUUAUGCUGAUUCAGAACAAGCUGCGGGAGGAGCACUCGCUUCAGGACGUUCUCUUUAAGAAUGUGAUGAAAGGAGGCCCCACUGCUUUGCCCCCAAGAGAAGACAGUCCCACGCAGCCACCCAAUGCAUGCAGGAUACACGGACAUCUCUACGUUAAUAAAGUGGCUGGCAAUUUUCACAUCACAGUUGGCAAGGCCAUCCCACACCCAAGAGGUCAUGCCCACUUAGCUGCACUGGUCAGCCAUGAAACAUACAACUUUUCCCAUCGAAUAGAUCACCUGUCAUUUGGUGAGGAAAUUCCAGGCAUCUUAAACCCCCUCGACGGCACAGAAAAAGUGUGCAACGAUCAUAAUCAGAUGUUUCAGUACUUCAUCACCAUUGUACCCACCAAACUGGAGACUUACAAAGUGUCUGCUGACACACAUCAGUACUCAGUUACAGAACGGGAACGGGUUAUCAAUCAUGCGGCUGGCAGUCAUGGUGUCUCAGGAAUCUUUAUGAAGUAUGACAUAAGCUCACUCAUGGUGCGAGUGACAGAAGAGCACAUGCCACUCUGGCAGUUCCUGGUACGUCUGUGUGGCAUCAUCGGGGGCAUCUUCUCCACUACAGGCAUGCUGCACAGCCUGGUAGGCUUCUGUGUAGACUGUUUCUGCUGUCGCUUCAAAAUCGGAGUGUACAAGCCCAAGCAGGUCAGUCUUCUAGAUGGACAUGUAAACAGCCAUACAACUCCACAGUCCGAAAAUGGAUUCACCAGAGGUUCUUCACUGGAUCUUCAUUCCUGAGACUCACUGAUUCAUCUAAGACACAAAGACACCACAGGACUCCACAGAACUAUCAACCAAUUACUAGCCAAUCUGCCAACAUGGUAUUGUGAAGGGACAUUUAAGCACACAAGUGUAGGCUGGAAAUACAAAGUAUUGAUUACAGGACAUUUGGUAAAAAAAGAAAAAAGAAACUUCUGAAAUAAGGUGUCAUUUGUGAGAGAUGUUUAUUUUAUUUUUUUCCAUUUUGUGUAGUUAUUGUACAUGUUAGAAGCAGCUCCUUCAAUUCAAAACCAGCAAGAGGGUUUAAAUGGCAGAAGUGAUUUAUCAGAUUUACUUUUACCCACAUAUUUGUAAUGUUAAUGCAGCUGAAAGGCUGGUCAAGGUCUUUUGGGCAGCUGUCAAUGCAUUGUUGCUUUUGAUUUAAUGAGAAUAAUUACAUCCCGAUUUUUAUCCCGUAUCAAAGCACCACGAUCAGCAUCCAAAUUUUGCACCAGUAUCGUUUUCAAAUAAUAUGUCAUUCUGCCUAACCAGGCCUUUCUUCAUUAAUCUCAAUAAUGAGCAAGAUCCAGGAGAAACCAAUGAUGACUGCAUUUAUUUAUUUUAAUAACUUAAUUUUAAGGUUCCUUUUACAUUCAUUCAUAAUUACUCACUCCAAGAAGCACAUUUAAGUAGCCACUCCAUUUGCAUGUUUUGGUGAAAGUAGAUAGAACUUGGAGUAGCCAGAGGAAGCCCAACUUGGAAAGGACAAGCUAAACUCUACAUGAAUAGUGACUAGAGGCCAGGUUUAAACCCAGAUUCCAGGACCAUGGUGCUGUGCACCAUCUACUCUUCCUGCUGUGCUGCCCCAAUUUUAUAAUAAAUAAGCAUCUAUUACAUA